AUGGAGAAAACUUUCUUUGUUGGGUUUGUUCCAAUGCUGUUGUUGCACAGUCUUGUAGCUAUGGCAGCAGCAGCACCCAACAUCACCACUGAUGAAUCUGCUCUCAUUGCCUUGAAAGCCCAAAUAACCGUCGACCCGGACCACGCAUUGAUGAACAAUUGGACCAUUGGCUCCUCGGUUUGCAAUUGGGUCGGAGUUGUUUGCGGUGUUCGGCACAAAAGAGUCGUAGCCUUGAAUAUCCGUGGCAUGGGGUUGAUGGGCACUAUCCCUCCGCACUUGGGAAACCUCUCUUUUCUUGUUCGGCUCGACAUUACAAACAAUGGUUUCCUCUCCCCAAAGAGCUGGCUAAUCUUCGUCGCUUGA